AUGCCAAUCAAGGACGUGUAGGAAAAGGGAUCUCCAUACCAGCCAACAAAUAUUUGUGUUAUCAUAAAGCGCCACAUUUUCCCAGGGCAUCUGGGAAAGAUCAUUAAGAAAAUUAUUGGCAUUGAAUCUUUUGAAAUUGCGAACAUAUCUUGUCUUUUGCCGAGAUUUAGUGUACCUCACACUGAUGACAAGGUCGCUCAAGCUGAGCACAAGGUUCCUCACCCUGAGGACAAGAUUUCUCACGCUGAGGACAAGGUUCCUCACACUGAGGACAAGGUCCUUACGCUGACGACAAGGUUCCUCACUCUGAGGAACGGUUCCUCACGCUAAGGACAAGGUACCUCGACCUGAGGACAAGGUUCCUCAUGCUGAGGAACAGGAUCCUCACGCUGAGGACAAGGUAUCUCAACCUGAGGACAAGGUUCCUCACGCUGAGGUCAAGGUACCUCACGCUGAGGACAAGGUAUCUCACACUGAGGACAAGGUUCCUCACGCUGAGGACAAGGUUCCUCACGCUGACGACAAGGUUCCUCACACUGAGGACAAAGUACUUCACACUGGGGACAAGGUUCCUCAAGCUGAGGACAAGAUACCUCACAUUGAGGACAAGGUACCUCACACUGAGGACAAGGAUCAUCUCGCCGAGGGCAAGGUUCCUCACGCUGAGGACAAGGAUCCUCACGCUGAGGACAACGUAUAUCACGCUGAGGAAAAGGUUCCUCAAGCUGAAGACAAGGUAACUCACACUGAGGACAAGGUACCUCACGCUGAGGACAAGUUCCUUACGCUGAGGACAAGGUUGCUCACUCUGAGGAACGGUUCCUCACGCUAAGGACAAGGUACCUCGACCUGAGGACAAGGUUCCUCACACUGAAGACAAGGUUCCUCACGCUGAGGACAAGGUUCCUCAAGCUGAGGAGAAGGUUCCUCACGCUGAGGACAAGGUACCUCACACUGAGGACAAGGCACCUCACACUGAAGACAAGGUUCCUCACGCUGAGGACAAGGAUCCUCAAGCUGAGGACAAGGUACCUCACACUGAAGACAAGGUACCUCACACUGAGGACAAGGUUCUUCACGCUGAGGACAAGGUUCCUCCCGCUGCGGACAAGGUUCCUCAAGCUGAGGACAAGGUAACUCACACUGAGAACAGGGUACCUCACACUGAGGGCAAGGUACCUCACACUGAGGACAAGGUUCCUCACUCUGAGAACAAGGUUCCUCAAGCUGAGGACAAGGUAACUCACACUGAGGACAAGGUACCUCACUCUAAGGACAAGGUUCCUCACGCUGAGGACAAGGUUCCUCACGCUGAGGACAAGGUAGCUCACACUGAGGACAAUGGUCCUCACACUGAAGACAAGGUACCUCACGCUGAGGAAAAGGUUCCUCACGCUGAGGACAAUCUUCCUCACGCUGAGGACAAGGUUCCUCACGCUGAGGACAAGGUUCAUUGCGCUGAGGACAAGGUUCGUCACGCUGGGGACAAGGUUCCUCACGCUGCGGACAAGGUUCCGCACGCUGAGGACAAGGUUCUUUACGCUUAGCACAAUGUACCUCUUGCUGAGGGCAAGCUACCUUACCCUGAGGACAAGGUUCCUCAUGCUGAGGACGGGGAUCCUCACGCUGAGGUCAAGGUACCUCACGCUUAGGACAAGGUAUCUCACACUGAGGACAAGGUUCCUCGCGUUCUGAGGACAAGGUUCCUCACGCUGAGGACAAUGGUCCUCACGCUGAGGACAAGGUACUUCACACUGAGGACAAGGUUCACACGCUGACGACAAGGUAGCUCACACUGAGAACAAGGUUCCUGAAGAUGAGGACAAGGUACCUCACAUUGAAUUGAGGACAAGGCACGUCACACUCAAGCCAAGUUUCCUCACGCAGAGUACAAGGUUCCUCACGCUGAGGACAAGGUUCUUUACGCUGAGGACAAGCUUCCUCACGCUGAGGACAAGCUUCCUGACGCUGAGGACAAUGUUCCUCAGGUUGAGAACAAUGUUCCUAACGCUGAGGACAAGGUUCCUCACGCUGAGGACAAGGUUCCUCACGCUGAGGACAAUGUUCCUCACGCUGAGGACAAGGUUCCUCAAGCUGAGGACAAUGUACCUCACACUGAAGACAAGGUACCUCACACUGAGGACAAGGUUCCUCACGCUGAAGACAAGGUUCCUCCGGCUGUGGACAAGGUUCCUCACGCUGAGGACAAGGUUCCUCACGCUGAGGAGAAGGUUCCUCACGCUGAGGACAAGGUUCAUUGCGCUGAGGACAAGGUUCCUCACGCUGGGGACAAGGUUCCUCACGCUGCGGACAAGGUUCCUCACGCUGAGGACAAGGUUCUUUACGCUUACCACAAUGUACCUCCUGCUGAGGGCAAGGUUCCUUACGCUGAGGACAAUGGUCCUGACGCUGAGGACAAUGGUCCUGACGCUGAGGACAAAGUUCCUCACGCUUAGGACAAGGAUCCUCACGCUGAGGACAAGGUUCUUCAUGCUGAGGACAAGGUAGCUCACACUGAGGACAAUGGUCCUCAAGCUGAGGACUAGGUACCUCACAUUGAGGACAAGGUACCUCACACUCAGGACAAGUUUCCUCACGCUGAGGACAAUGUUCCUAACGCUGAGGACAAGGUUCCUCACGCUGAGGACAAGGUUCCUCACGCUGAGGGCAAUCUUCCUCACGCUGAGGACAAGGUCCCUCACGCUGAGGAGAAGGUUCCUCACGCUGAGGAAAAGGUUCCUCACGCUGAGGACAAGGUUCCUCACGCUGAGGACAAGGUUCCUCACGCUGAGGACAAGGUUCAUUGCGCUGAGGAUAAGGUUCGUCACGCUGGGUACAAGGUUCUUCACGCUGCGGACAAGGUUCCUCACGUUGCGGACAAGGUUCCUCACGCUGAGGACAAGGUUCCUCACUUGAGGACAAGGUUCUUUAUGCUGAGGACAAGAAUGCUCACGCUGAGGACAAUUGUCGUCACGCUGAGGACAAUGUUCCUCACGCUCAGGACAAGCCUCCUCACGCUGAGGACAAGGUUCCUCACGCUGAGGACAAGGUACUUCACGCUGAGAACAAGGUUCCUCACGCUGAGGAAAAGGUUCCUCACGCGGAGGAGAAGGUUUGUCACGCUGAGGACAAGGUUCCUCACGCUGAAGACAAGGUUCCUCACGCUCAGGACAGGGGUCCUUACGCGGAGGACAAGGUUCCUGACGCUGAGGACAAGGUUCCUCUCGCUGAGGACGACGUUCGUCACGCUGAGGGAAAGGUUCCUCGCGCUGAGAACAAGGUUCUUUACGCUGAGGACAAGGUUCCUCACGCUGAGGGCAAGGUUCGUCACGCUAAAGACAAGGUUCCUCACGCUGAGAACAAGGAUCCUCGAGCUGAGGACAAGGUUCCUCACGCUGAGAACAAGGUUCUUCAGGCUGAGAACAAGGUUCCUCACGCUGAGGACAAGCUUCCCACGUUGAGGACAAGGUUCCUCACGCUGAGGACAAGGUUCCUCACGCCGAGUACAAGGUACCUCACGCCGAGAGCAAGGGUCCUCACGCUGAGGCCAAGGUUACUCACGCUGAGGACAAGAUUCCUCACGCUGAGGAAAAGGUGCCUCACGCUGAGAACAAGGAUCCUCGCGCUGAGGAGAAGGUUCCACAUGCUGAGGACAAGGUUCCUCACGCUGAAGACAAGGUUCCUCACGCUAAGGGCAAGGUUCCUCACGCUGAGAACAAGGAUACUCGCGCUGAGGACAAGGUUCCUCAAUCUGAGAACAAGGUUCCUGACGCCGAGGGAAGGUUCCCACGCUGA